UAAAAAUUGUCUGAAUGUAACUCUUGUCUUUCCAUCUGCAAUACAGCAAGAAAUUGAGAAUUUUAAGAAGCUAACUGUAAUUAGUAAAGAACAUUUCGAUACCCUGGCACCUGAACCACCAGUUGACACAAACCAGGAGGUGCCUCCUGCACCACCAAAGGCACACCAAGAUUAUGCUGAAGAAUUAGCCAACAAGCUGUUUGGUGUUGCAGAGCCACCAUCAUCAAACCUAGCCCGUUCUUUACCUACAACCGUACCAGAAUCUCCAGUUUGUCCAGCCAGGACCCCAAGGACACCACGUACACCUAGGCUACAAGAUCCCAGUAAGACACCACGAUUUUAUCCUGUCGUCAAAGAAGGAAGGCCUUUGGACAUUGAGGCACCAAGGAAAAGAAAAACAAGGCAUAGUUCAAAUCCACCACUUGAAUGUCAUAUUGGCUGGGUUAUGGAUUCCAAGGAACACAGACCAAGAACAUCAUCUGUUAGUAGUUCAAAUGCCAGUCCUUCAGAAGGCACACCAUUUGUUGGAAGUUAUGGCUGUACACCAAACUCUCUACCUAAGUUCCAGCAUCCUUCCCAUGAGCUUUUAAGAGAAAAUGGCUUCACUCAACAAGUUUACUACAAAUAUCGUCGAAGAUGUUUAAACGAGAGGAAGAGAUUAGGAAUUGGACAGUCCCAAGAAAUGAACACGCUGUUCCGUUUCUGGUCCUUUUUUCUCAGAGAUCAUUUCAACAGGAAAAUGUAUGAAGAAUUUAAACAGCUGUCUCUUGAGGAUGCAAAAGACAAUUACAGGUAUAAUCAGCAGUAUUUGGUUGAAGAUGAACAAGAAGAAUGGAAUAAAAGAAAGAAGUUCUUCCUAAUUCAGACUAAAAGAUUUUUGUCCUCAACAGAAAUUUGCAUUUUAUUAUAUGCGUUUAAACUAAAAAUACCCCAAGGCACAAGAUGGUUCUUCAGUAAAACUGAAAUUGGUACUGUAUUGCAAUAUUAGAGCAAGAGGGCAGAAGCUCAUCAAAAAGAUUGAUUUUUUUUUUUAAGGAGAAAAAUUAGGUAGGAAGAGA